GUGUUCUCCAUCAUCUUGGAAAUCAAAAUUCCUAUGGCACCAAAGGCCGAGAAGAAGCCUGCUGAGAAAAAACCAGCGGAAGGCAAAAAAGCCGAGAAGGCACCAACCGAGAAAAAGCCCAGAGCCGAGAAGAAGCUCCCCAAGGAAGCCGGCGACAAGAAGAAGAAGCGACCAAAGAAGAGCGUCGAAACCUACAAGAUCUACAUCUUUAAGGUUCUGAAGCAAGUGCAUCCUGAUAUCGGGAUUUCGAGCAAGGCCAUGGGGAUUAUGAACAGUUUCAUUAAUGACAUUUUCGAGAAGCUUGCUCAGGAAGCUUCGAGGCUCGCUCGUUACAACAAGAAGCCCACAAUUACAUCUCGGGAGAUUCAAACAGCUGUGAGGCUGGUUCUGCCCGGGGAGUUGGCUAAGCAUGCUGUUUCUGAAGGGACUAAGGCUGUCACCAAGUUUACUAGUUCUUAGGUUUUGGAAAUUAUGAUUUGGUUGUAAAGAUUAGUAGCUUUUAAGGAUGAUUAAUCGGUGGGUCUUUUGGUAUUUCUUGAGCUCAAAUUGAAGUCUUAUUAUCUUUUUAAUUUUAUUAGCCAUUUAUGUUA